CCGCUUAUGUAGUACUUGCGCAACGAUAGAGCCCUCACCAAAUAUUUACCCAGACUCCACUCAAGUAGUCGCAUCAGCGCUUGUAAGUAUUCUGUUAAACUACCAUCUCGAAGCCUAUCGAGUGAGGUUAUUGUGUGGGUCCGUAGUGGGAUCCCAUGGUGACGGGCACAAUGUGGUCACCCUCUUCUUGGACAUCGAAACCAGCUGUCCAGUCUGUAGAGUACCCUGACCAAAAGCACCUUGAUAGUGUAUUGGCAAAGAUAGCCACAUUGCCUCCCCUUGUGACUCCAGCAGAAAUCGAGCGCCUCCGUUAUCAGCUCAGUGCAGUACAGCGGAACGAGGCUUUCCUCCUUCAUGCUGGCGAUUGUGCCGAGAGCUUCGAUGCCUGUACGCAGGAAAAUAUUUCUGCGAAAAUCGGCCUUAUCCUUUCUUUCUCUCUUAUCCUCAUUUGGGGCGCCCGUCUCCCAGUAGUGCGCAUCGGUCGCAUUGCUGGCCAGUACGCAAAGCCGAGGAGCAGCCAAACGGAGAAAAUUGGGGACACACAAGUCUUGAGUUUCCGGGGUGACAAUGUGAACGGCUUGGACCCGAACGACAGGACUCCGGAUCCGGAGCGCUUGCUUAGGGCGUAUUUCCAUUCCAGCGCCACACUCAACUAUGUGCGGGGGCUGCUGACCUCUGGUUUUGCAUCCCUGCAUCAUCCGCGGGAUUGGUCGCUCUCCCAUGUACGUUCCCGUUCGCUCAGACGCAAAUACGAGCGAAUCACGGAAGGUCUAGCUGACGCAUUAGACUUUAGUCACACGAUAGGGGUGGAUUCAGGUCGAGAGAGCGUUCCAUUCGAACGUGGCGGCGAUCGUGGAGUCCUCGGCGAAGUAGACUUCUAUACCAGCCACGAAGGGCUCAUGCUUGGCUAUGAGCAGGCUAUGACGCGCGAGUUCCCGCUUGUUGACGGCGACGCGGAUACAGCAGGACCCGAAAAACAGAAGGCAGGGUUCUACAAUAGCUCGGCCCACUUCUUGUGGAUAGGCGAUCGUACGCGUCAACUCGAUGGAGCACAUGUGGAAUAUUUCCGAGGAAUCCGAAAUCCAAUAGGCAUCAAAGUAGGACCAUCCCUCGGCAACGAGGAACUCGUUGAGCUGUUGCAAACUGUCAAUCCUGGAAAGGAACCUGGUCGGAUCACGUUAAUCACGCGGUAUGGCGCUAGCAAGGUCCGCGACCACCUCCCCGGUCACAUUCAGGCAGUCAGAGGUUCCGGCCACCCAGUUGCCUGGGUGUGUGAUCCCAUGCAUGGCAACACACUCACCUCCGCGAGCGGUCUGAAGACGCGUAACUUUAGCACGAUUAUAAGCGAGCUAACAUCCUGCAUCAGUGUUCACUCCGAGUGUCAUUCACGCCUCGGAGGGGUAAGCCUCGAGUUCACGGGAGAAUUGAACGAGGAAGGGUUCAGUGUCACCGAGUGUCUCGGUGGUAGCAUGGAACUGAGUGAGGAUCAACUCGAGCUGCGAUACCAAUCUUUUUGCGAUCCCAGGCUCAACUUUGAGCAGUCGCUCGACCUUGCGUUCUUAAUUUCCAACUAUUUCAAGGAAGAGCGAUGUGGAAAUGCGAAAGCCCACGAUACCUUUGAGGCCCUUCUUGGAUCAAAAUCGAAGUAGCUUGAAACCCCCGAAGUGUUACAUACUUCUAAGAGAAACAACAAUGUACUAUGUUAUUACAUGUAGAAAGAAUGGUUCGAAUGCAUGUAAGUGAAGUCGCAA